AUGGCAGAUUCAGCCGUAACUGAAAGGCGCAUAAGACCCAUCAUCGACGCCUUGUCGGCAGGUAACGUCAAGCAAGCAUUAAAAGAUUGCGAAAAAUGGCAGAAGAAAGGUGAAGCAUCCGACAGAUUCUUGGCGCUGAAAGCUGCUGUUCUCCUACGUUCGCCCGACAAGAAGCAAAAAGAAAGUGGCUCGAAAGAGACUUUGCAGCUAUGCCGCCGAACAGAACCAGUCCUCAACUUCGAGGCUAUCCAUCAGUUGCAAGACUCGCUGAAGCUUAUGCACCUGGAUGGUGAAGAGAGUCCGAAAUUGUGGGAGCGGGCUGUUGCGGCGCGACCAAAUGACCACGAGUUGGUAACGACAUGGCUCAACAGUUCGAUUACAGCCAGUAACUGGCAAAAUGCUCAAAAGGCCACCAUGGCUCUAAGAAAAGCCUUUCCGAAGGAACGAAAAUAUGACUACUGGAAUAUUUUGAUGUGCUACUUGAUCAGCCAGGAUGGUACGUCGCAGGAGAAAGACAGGAAACUGUUCGGAACUCUCGCUAGUCGUAUGGUUACCAAAGCUGCGCAAGAUAAAUCUGACAAGGGGAUCUCUAGCAUCGAGGAGCUCAGCCUUCUCGCUGCCAUUAUGAUGACAGAAGGCAGUGCCGCAGAACUGGUAGACCUCCUCAAUUCGGAGCAGUUGCGUCUGGUUACGAGUCAGGAUAGGCUCGCGACGGAAAGCCUGCUCCUGCCGGCCGUGAGUCAGGCAGAUAGUGAUCAACUCUAUCGGACCUUCAUUGGUCCCCGUGUCUCAGUAGGCAACAAAAACGUGACUGAGGACGAUAGAUUCUGGUCAAUCGUCGUCAGGGCAGCCAAAACACCUCGACUCAUGAACUCGCAACUCACCUUGUUAGAGACCAUCCUAUCUAGAGAACCUAACCACAGGCAAGCGCUUCUAGCGUCCAUCGACCUUUUAGCUUCCAUCACACUGGAGGACAAAGCCAAGGCGUCAGAACUCCUAGAAGCGAGCCGGAGAUAUUAUGAACUGUUCGGUGCCAAAGCUUUUUGCUUCGAUGACCUAAUCUCGAAAUUGAUGAGACCAGGCAUUGAGGUGGUUCGCACAUUCAGCACGAUGAUCGACGACAGCUUUUCGACUGAGAUCAACUUCGUACAGAAAUUGUUUUCACUAAAGUUGAGGUUCAAUCUUCUGUGUCAAGAAGACCUGUCGGAGUCGAGAGCUCUCGAUUUUGGGUCAAAGGCCUUGAAUCUGUACAAAUCUUCGGGAGACGACAAUCCUUUGGUCAGCGCGGAGUCAGCCCUCCUUGCUGCACUUGUUUUGCUGAGGCUUGCAUCGGGCUCGAAUCGCAGGGACUAUGUUAUGCAAGCUAGCAUAAUCCUGCAAUCCGCUUGCCAACACUACAAGGACUAUUAUCCACUACGCAUGCUGCUAGUACAGGUGCAGAUGUUUUCGGGUCAGAUACAUCUCGCCAUGGGAAAUUUUAUUCAUCUCAGCAUCAAGAACCUGCAGUGGGAGACUCUUGGUCACUUCAUCCUAACGCGAAUCUCUACUCUGCACCCUCGGCAGUAUGGACAUGGCGCAGACAGCCUUAACCCAUUGGGAGCCUUAGACACGGCUCUGACAGUCUUCAGUAAUUCGCAACGAAGUCUUGACCGAGCUAUCCGGGACGGCCUCAAACACGAGUCCUACUCGAACGUGAUCAAUACGGUUGACUUACGGAACAGCCUACAAAACAGUGUUGUCAAACAAUGCUAUGAGAUCGAAGAACGCAAAUGUCAGAGAAUGCUGAGUGUGCCUGUCGCAUCUGAUUUGGAACUGCAUGAAGGCGAGCUGGUCGACUUAAGAGACACAUCCUUCAUGCCAGGAUAUGGCGUGGAGGAUACGCAACUGCAAACAUACCUACAAUGUGGUCCUCAACCAUUUAGAGAGUGGAUCGACGCAAUGGCAUUGCACGAGUACCUCACGGAUUUUUUGAGCGCGGAAGCCAUGGAUUCACGGUCAGACAUUGAGGCUGCUCAAAAGCACCUGGCCAAGGUCAUGACAAGAACAUCAAACACGACCGACUGUCUCACAAAAGAUGAGAGAGCAGCUCUCGAGUUGUACAAGGAUCUAAGUAACAUUCUCCUCCAAUUCUCGAGCAAGGAGAACAGCGGAAGCCCCAACCUACAAAACCUCCUUGCGAAGCUGAAGGACGACCAGUGGUCAAUUCAUCCCACUACUGUGAACGGGGUUGAGUAUCCAGAUUGGCACUAUCUACACCAUCACUUCGUGAACCUAGAGCUCUUGCGGACGACGGCACAAUUCACAAACAUCGUGGCUAAGAAGCUCAAAGCAGACAAGGACAAGACUAGAUACACGGAGCUGAAGAAGAACCUGGAUGAGUUGAAGCCGGUGCUGAAGGAGCUAGUUGAAGCCACACAGCAGCGAGCUAAGGAUCUUAAGCAAGAACUUAGUGCUUCGGGAGUGCUAGGGAGGCUAGUGGACGUUACUCUUUGCCGUACGGACGAGACUGAUGAGGCCAGUAAAGUGUUUGCUGAGCGAAUGGCAGAGCUGCAGGAUGAGGCUGCUGUGGAAGAGUACUGUGGAAUGAUGAGAGAUAGCUGGGAAGAUGCUUUGGAUGGCAUUUUGGCUGUGAAGAUCAAGCUCACCUGA